AUGGCCAAUACCCAUCGUGCCGCCCUCCUCAGCAGCCCCGGCAAGCCUCUAGAAAUAACAGAUGCAGACACCCUACAUGCCGGUCUAGGCGAAGUCCUAAUCCGAAACCAUGCCGUCGCGCUUCAGCCUCUCGAUGCCAAGAUGCUGAUUGCAGGUUACGGCCCAGCUGCACACCUCGCAUACCCCGCGAUUCUUGGUACCAGCGGCGCGGGCAUCAUCGAAGCGGUAGGCGAACACGUACAAGGACUGGCCGUGGGUGAUAGGGUAGUCUUUGACACCAAAGCAUAUGUUGAUGCCAGCAACAACCAAAGGACGGGUACCUGGCAGCAGCUGGUCGCAUGCGAUGCCAAAACCGUAGCAAAGAUUGGCCAUGUCGCUUUCGAACAAGCCGUGUUGGUCGAUUUUCCGUUGCAAACAGCGGUCGCUGCCUUGCACGUCUUCCUUGGAAUGGGAAAGCCCGGUAGUGGAGCAAAAGAAGAAAAGGUGCUGAUCUGGGGUGCUGGAGGUGCGGUUGGUUCGUAUGCAGUCCAAUUUGCGAAACAAGCCGGGUAUACAGUAGUCGUCACAGCAUCGCCGCGGGAUGUUGAGCGCCAGAUGAAGCUAGGAGCCAGCGAGGUGGUCAACUACAAAGACACUGAUGCAGUCGCCAAGCUACGCAGUCUGGGACCGUACAAGUACCUCUUCACUACAAGCGGCGAUGCAGCCUCCCAAAGCGCACUGGCAUCGCUUCUUGAGCCUACAGGAGGCAGUUUCGCCAGUGUUCUACCUGGUGCCGUUGAGCUGCCUGCGAAUGUCAACCUCAUAUACACGGCUUUCUCGCAAGCGGCGCAGAAAGAUGAGUACUCGGAAUGGCGUGACUGGUGGUACCAAGAAUACUUACCCAGAGUGCUUUCAGGAGGUCUCGUAGAGCCAGUAAGAUUUACCAAGGUCCAAGGUGGACUGUCAGCGUUGCAGCACUCGAGCCAAGAUGUGUUUGACGGCAAAGUCAAGGGGAAGCUCGUCAUCGAUCCCCAAGAGUAG